UUUGUUUCCUUCUGCCUACACUUAUUUUGCGCGGUGGAUUGUGGGUGUGAGCAAAGAGGGAAAAUGGCGGACUUGGCAAAUGAAGAGAAGCCUGCCAUAGUGCCACCGAUGUUUGUGUUCCAAAAAGAUAAAGCACAGAAGAGGUCAGCUGAUGGAUCCAGUGCAGAAGAUGGAGAAGAUUCAGACAAAGAUGAUGGUGGCUACUGUCCUCCAGUGAAAAGAGAGAGGACUUCAUCUUCAACACAGUUCCCGUCUUCACAUUCUGGUAUUGCUAGUAAGAACAAUGUCUUCAUGCCGUCAAGUUUCUGCCAGUCUCCCACUGGGAAUUCCGAGGACUCGGAGCCAGAAGAGAAGCCGGUAGGGUUUCGUUUAAAACCACCAACUCUUAUCCAUGGGCAGGCACCUAGUUCAGAUUGUGUUCCAGGCGUCCCCAGUCAGAAACCCAAGGAGCAGCAGCGCAGUGUCCUCAGGCCAGCUUUGCUCCAGGCCCCACCAGCCAAGACCAACUCCGAGUCCACUAACGGGGUGAAGAAGUCGACAGACGGGACGUCCGAAGGGUCAAACGUCUUCCAGAACAACACGGAGCACUCAGACGGCCUCAACAAGUCCCCGAAACAUGACAAAGAGGAGGAAGACAACGCGAGGGGAGAGAAGGACGACUGUCCUGCAGAGUCCUCUUUCGUGUUUGGGCAAAAUAUCAAAGACCGAGCAAAGUUGGAAGAGAACACUAAAGACGGCAAGUCGUUGCCCCUGGCCUCUCAGAAGGAGGGAACUAACUAUUUCUUAGAGUACAUUUCCACCGCCAGUUCAAAGAACGCCACAAACAAUACGGACAAGGGGGCCAAAUUUGUCUUUGGACAGAACAUGUCAGAGAGGGUCCUGAGUCCUCUUAGAGGAGGUGAAGCAUCAGAGGAGGACUGUAAAGACUUACCGGCUCCCCCUGUGUCUGAACCCUCCUCAAAGGAAAACACACCAGAGAAGGGUAACAACGUGACAGAGUCACUGGAGGAGUCUGCAGCAGCGUACACCAAAGCCACAGCCAAGAAAUGCAUCUUAGAGAAAGUAGACGUCAGAACUGGAGAGGAAUCAGAAAGUAACGUUUUACAGGUCCAGUGCAAGUUGUUUGUGUUUGACAUGACGGCCCAGUCGUGGAUAGAGCGAGGUCGAGGACUGCUCAGGCUCAAUGACAUGGCAUCCACAGAUGACGGAUCAUUACAGUCACGUCUAGUGAUGCGGACCCAGGGCAGCUUAAGGUUGAUCCUGAACACCAAGCUGUGGCCCCAGAUGCAGGUGGACAAGGCCAGCGAGAAGAGCGUCCGGAUCACCGCCAUGGACACAGAGGACCAGGGGGUCAAAGUGUUCCUAAUAUCGGCCAGUUCUAAGGACACAGGUCAGCUGGCUGCAGCCCUGCACCAUCGUAUCCUGGCCCUGAAGAGCCGCGCGGACCAGGAGCCCCAUGAGACCCCGGCUGCAGACUACGUCCCCGAGGCUGACCUGCCCCACUCUGAUGGGGACAGCGAUGAGGAAGACCAGGUCAACAACGCAGCAGCAGGUAACUCCGAGGGAGGGGAGACCCAGGCUGCUGGGAGCACAUAGCGUUAGCCUGUCAGGAUACUGCUGCUGUUUAAGGGGCCUUUUACUGCAGGCAUCCCCACGGACACCCCACCCUAACCAACAUGGGUCCUUCAGACCAGUACUUUUGGAUAUUUAGAAUUCUAGCUCCAGGAAUUAAAAAAAAAAUUACCUGUGCCGAAGUGUCUCACCCCAACUCGUGCAGUUCAUUUUUUCCUUUUCAUUCAACCAACGUAAACAUCUGGAGUUGUAUUUUUUUAUUUUUUAUUUUUUUUUAGCGUCUGCAAUAAAAGACCACAGCUUUUUGGGGGAGGUUUGUGACUUAGCUGCUCAUCAUAUUGAUGAGUACGAGGGUGUUUUCCUCUCUGACAUUUUAAGGUAUGACACAUGUUUAAGAAUGCAGUUUCUACUAUGGGACCUUUCUACUCACCAGACCACCGCACCUCUUGGACCCACCCAAACCACCCCCGGCUCCAGAGGAACUCAUGGCUGUCACCGUGUACUGAUCUGUCUUAUGGUCAGUCAUUUGACUGGUCUUACAUUCGGUUCACCAUCCCCAUCCAUCCAGCUCUCACAUGUUGAAUAGUUUCCGGAUAUGUAAUUUAUUUUGGGUCAUCAAUUUCACGAGUUAUCUAACAACAUGUAAUAUGCACUGUCUGUUUCUAAUGUCUAGGGCUAGUCCGCAUCACUCAGUCUUCAAAUUAUAGCAGUUUCUUAGAUUUCCUAAUAAAGGACUAAAACAAAUACACAACUCUUGUGGAUUAAUGCUCCAAGGAUAACCGACAGAGCAGGCAACGAGGGGCAUGUCCCAAUAAUAUCUCCUUCAUCCUGAAGUGUGCACUCAUUCAGUCAGAGCAGGUCCCCCCGGAGCCCAAUGAGACACGGGUGCCGCCCCGAGUAGAUGGAAAUAGAAAAGUCUGAUCCUUUUGGGUAAAACACUGGUAAAUCCAGUGGAAAUGUGCCCGCACAUAAAAAUAAAAAAAAUGGAUUGGUGGAGUCAAUCGGUUUUAACCACAUUUGUUACACCCGUCAUUUCCAUUCAAAUCUGUGAAGGGAAGUGAACAAGUGCACACUUUGGGAGGAAAGAGUUGGGACAAAGCCAAGGAUUCACCUGGAAAAUGUCUCUAAAAUUGAUAUGACUUUGUGUCAUCUAUUCAUUGACCAUGUUUUAUGUUUCUCAAGAAAGUAACUCAACAAAAUCAAUCUACAUUCUGUGUGAUGGUUUUCAUUUCUGACAUCUUGAGGGUUUAUAUUGUGUUUACUGUAUUAUUUGUUGUUGAUAAUAUUAUAUAAACGUUUUAUCCAUUUUCAUUUCAUUUGGAGAGAGAAAAAAAAUCAGCUGGAAUGAAGAUUUAUUUUGUGUGUGAAAAAAUGGAGUUCAUUCAAACAACCGUACUACCCUUGAAUGUCAUGGACAUUCGUGGCUGCGGAUCCGACUUUUCCGAGUUCGUCUGACUAAAGAUCCCGAAGCUUCUGUGCGUGUGCGGAUGACGUUCUGUUAUGUAGAAUAAUAUCAUUAAAUGAUCUUGCCGACAUUGAUUCAGAUUUUAUCCAACUUUAUUAAACGAGCACCAUUCGUCUGAGUAGCCUGUUCUCUACGACUAGAGCAGAGAAUAUACACGUGUACAGAACGUAAUCCGCACAUGCACAGAAGCAGAUCCCGAGAAAGCCGGAUCCGCAGCCACGCCGAUGAAUAUAUGAAUUAUCCUUUAGUAAUGGUAAGGGUUAGCGAUCCCGCAGCUACUCCGUUGAAUAUAUUAUUCUUUAGUAAAUGUUCUCAACUCCUCCCCUUCCCUCUUUACAAAAUAAAACAUUUUGGACUGA